AGGAUAUGAAGCGCGACGUUCAACGGUAGUAGCGCUGAUUUGUGAUUUCAUCGAUGGUUACCGAUUUCGAGAGAACAACUCGACGCGAAUCGAACGUGGUGCGCUUUCGUAUAAGCAAAUACUUUUCGCGCGUACAAAAUCACGCGUGAUUUCACUGGUGUCGGAGAAAUUUUGACAAAUAUGUAAUUUGUUUGUGAUCCGUUUACAGCAGUAUCUCUUCGACGACGCGUUCUUACAUUUUAAAUAUAACGGUGUAUAAAUAAGUAUGAGCAAUAGCGGGAAUGCACGAGCGAAGUUCUCGCCGUUGAUUUUUACAAAGGAUUUGAGUUUGAUCAAUGCAUUUUUUAUUCAUGCUUAAAACUUGUAAAUGAAUGCGCAUCAAACGCAGUCUGAAUCGAUGAUUUUCUCCUCAAAGUUUACCACAUAUGUUUUUCGUGCGUGGGCAUGCAGUACCGAACUAUCGUCAAGGUUAGUGUGUCUGACAGGCUCUCCAUCGCUUCGUGAUCUUACGUUGCUUUUCAGUGGGUAGCAAUGAGUAGCGGAAAAUUCAAACUACUUCUCGAUUGGACGAUUAAAAGAUAAAUAUAUUGGAAGAAUAGAAGUUCCCCGUAUAACGCGUUACCGUUCAAACGAUGAGGACUUCUCGUGUAUCUAUUGAAAUACAUGUCGACAAAUAUCGACUAAAUCUAUGCAAAAAAAGCAUACGUAAUGUUGUCGCUUGCAAACUGGAUACAAAUGUACAAAGAGUGGCGACUUGCUGAAGGUCUUACGAUUAUUGAUUUCUAUGCUUAUAUGAUGCUUCAAGAAUUUUAUAUGUUUAUCAUUGAAUUGGCACUGUUGUGCGACAAAGGAACAGCCGUUUCUAUGAGCGCCUCUCGUCCGUUACACUGUGAUGGAAAGGAUAAUAACAGCAAAACUGGUUCGAAUAGAAUGGCAUAUGAGGUAUUUCUGGGUGGAUCUUGUAAUCCAACCACAUGGAGGUCAGAAAUAGCGAUACCGACUCUUCAGAGCCUCGGAAUUACUUACUACAAUCCCCAAGUGUCGCAAUGGGGACCGGAACUGAUAGCUCAAGAAUACGAAGCAAAACAAACGGCGAAAGUACUACUGUUCGUAAUCGAUAAUCAGACACGCAAUAGUGCAGGCAUCAUCGAAGCAGCUCAGCUGGCAGCUACCCGCCGCGAGUCAUUGAUCGUUGUUAUUUAUCCGUAUCGUCAGGGACAAACGAUACUCGGCGAAACCGUGUCUAUUCAAGAAUAUUACGAUCUGAUGAAUGGGUUACUGGUACUUCAAUAUCUUAUGGAGAGACAGAGGAUACCGAUAUUUGAAAGCGUAUCGGUUGCUCUUAAUUGUACGUCUAAGGUACUGCGCGAGGAGAUAAAUGUGCAAGACUUGCAUUCCGAAGAUGGCAUUAGACCAAUUAAAUUGUCAUUCGGUCAAAAUGGAAUUGACACGGUUACGCUCAGGGAGAUAUUCAAAUCUGUGGAUACAAACGACAGUGGAAGCAUUAACUUGGAAGAAGCUUGGAUAGCGUUACAAUCGAACGUGAAGUGCAACGUAUCGGUGUCGGAUUUUCUUAACAUCGUGAAUAAAUCCGAAACGUAUAGGACGCUGAUAGACGAUGGGUUUCGAACAAAGAGAGAUCCGGCGGAAUUACGGAUAAACUUUGAACAAUUUUGCACCCUAGCCGCCGAAUCAGCGUGGAGGACGAAAAGCAACGGCGUCUCUUGUGAAAGUGAGAUACCUUCAGUUUGGAGUAUAUUAUGUAGGAAGGCUUCGAAAUUUCUUCGCAGAGCUAUCGUACAACCUUUUAACCGUUUCCUAGAUUGGACCAAUUCGUUCGUGCCCGAGUCCGAGAAGAGGGACUUGUACGUGGGAGUAAUCGGUAAAGAUCAGUUUUGGUUAGAAACGAACGCAGCACCCUCGAUCGAAUCCAUGGGGUUGUCUCUGUACCGAUCAAGUGCGAACGAGUACAACGUAAAGACAUUACCACAGGAAUUGCAAAAGAUGAAAAAUUCACGGUUAAUAUUUUUGAUCGUACCGCAGCAUUCUCGCGGCAUCACCAUAAUGGCAUUGGCAGCUCAUUUGAUUGGAUUACGCGCAAAAUUAGUCCUAUGCGUUCAAACGCUUCCCGAAGGUUGCGUAGUUUCUGGUGAAAAGUUGACCGAACAAGCCACGAAAGACUACAAUCGGGGAAGAAUGUACCUGUCGGACUAUGCGACGCGCGAAGGUGUACCUGUUUUUCAGAAUAUCGCUGAAGCUUUGCAACACGCGAUACAGCUAGUUCAACGCGUUCGUUGAUGUCUCUUCUUGUUCUUCUUUUUCUAUUUUUUCAUACGAGUAAGCUUUUCGAAUGAUCGAUUAAUUUAUUUUUACCGUUGCGAUGAUGUUCAACUACUGAUUGGGAUGAUCGAGACGCGAAACGAUUGCACGAGAAACGACAAUUUACGAUAACUAACGAGCUUUUGUACGAAUUUUCAAGUUUAAUAACUAAUAGUAUUUCUUUAUCGCGGAUCAGUAAAAUCUCGUACAACGUAGGAAUAAUAAAAGCACGCGUACAACGAUUCUAGAAACAAUUAGACUUGUUUCAUCGUAGUACAAAACGUUUCGUUCGUAUCGUAGAGCUACGAUCAGUUGGCUACGAGUCGCGUACCAAACAUUGUAAAUUUUAUGAAAAAUCCUACGGUGGUUGAACAUACCUGAUUAUUUUUUAUAUAUUUUUUUUUUUUUAUAGCGAUUCAACUCGAUAGUUAUUUUGUAACCUUUGGUAACUGGUUGAGGAUUGAUAUACGUGUACUGUAUAUAGACUAUUAGUUGUUUCUAACGAUCUAAUGAAUAGUUAAUUUGAACUUUGAUAGGAAGAAUGCACGAGAAUGAAUGUCAGAGUUUUAUCGCAUAAAAUGUAAGCGUGUAUGUUUGUGUACAGACACGUACCUGUUUAAGAACAGACAUCUUAUCUAGCAUUAAUUUACUGUGCUGUACGUUGUGACGUCUAACACGGAUACAUACGUUAUUCGUGAACAACAAACGUUACGAGAAAAUUGUAAUUUUCAACGCGCAUGUAUGUACGACGAAGAUGCAGGAACAGCAAAAACAAAGUGUAUAUAAUUCCUGUUACAGUCAUUUGGCGCUCAAUCGGUUAGAAUCGACUUUAACUGGC